UGCAUUAUUUGCUAAAACCAAUAGGGAAAAAUAUACAACAAGUCAUCAAAUAUGUCUUCUUUAACUCAUUCCCUUCUCACCACAACCAUUUUCUCUGUGCUCACAAUCUUUCUUCAUCCAUCAAAUGCUCAACUGAGUUCAACCUUCUACUCCACCACAUGCCCUAACGUGUCUUCCAUUGUUCGCAGUGUUAUUCAGCAGGCUCUGCAAUCUGAUACUCGUAUUGCUGCCAGCCUAACUCGUCUUCAUUUUCAUGAUUGCUUUGUUAAUGGAUGUGAUGGGUCUCUUUUGUUAGACCAAGGUGGGAACAUAACGCUGAGCGAGAAAAAUGCAGCGCCUAACAAUAAUUCCGCUCGUGGCUUCAACGUAGUCGACAACAUAAAGACAUCUCUUGAAAAUUCAUGCCCUGGUGUUGUAUCUUGUGCUGAUAUUCUUGCCCUUGCUGCUGAAGCUUCUGUGUCUUUGGGAGGAGGACCUUCAUGGACCGUACUACUAGGCAGAAGGGACGGUUUGAUUGCAAACCAAUCUGGUGCUAACACUUCCAUUCCUGCUCCAACUGAAAGCUUGGCCAAUGUCACAGCAAAAUUUUCUGCCGUUGGUUUAAACAUAACUGAUCUCGUUGCAUUAUCUGGUGCACACACUUUUGGUCGUGCACAGUGCAGGUUUUUCAACCAGAGGCUGUUCAACUUCAGUGGCACGGGUAGCCCUGAUCCCACGCUGAACUCGAGCUAUUUAGCAACCCUGCAGCAAAACUGUCCACAAAAUGGAAACGGGAACACUCUGAACAACCUUGACCCUUCUUCCCCAGACACCUUCGACAACAACUACUUCCAAAAUCUUCUCAACAAUCAGGGUCUUCUUCAAACAGACCAAGAACUUUUUUCCACUAGUGGCUCCGCCACAAUAUCCAUCGUCAACAACUUCGCCAACAACCAAACCGCCUUCUUCCAAGCCUUUGCUCAGUCCAUGAUUAACAUGGGUAAUAUUAGCCCCUUAACAGGAAGCCAGGGAGAAAUCAGAUUAGAUUGUAAGAAAGUCAAUGGAAGCUAAAAAAGAAAGAAUCCCAUGAGGCAAAACUUGUUCUUCACACAUUACUUACCAUCAACACACACACACACACACACACACACACACAUAUAUAUAUAUAUAUAUAUAUAUAUAUAUAUAUAUAUAUAUAUAUAUAUAUAUAUAUAUAUAUAUAUAUAUAUACACACACACAAACUUAAAACUAUAUAUAAAUAUAGGUUCGUGUUUGUUGUUGUGAUCAUGUCAGGGUAUGGUAGAACUUCGAAAUCAGUAUCUGCAUGUUGGACUAUUGGUUUGUUUUCUUACGUACAGUGAUGUUAUAAUACGUUUUUCUAAUAAAUUUGCGUUAGUAGUAACAUGUAAGACUCUAGUUUUAGUUGAUACUUGAUUCAGCUGUUACUUUAA